GCCCCGUUUUUGGGGGGGAUCAGCUCACAGUUGUGCAGCUUCUUUUGCAAAGGGGAAAAGCCAGCCAGCAACAGGACUGCCCUUCCUGACAUUCCUGAACGCAACAUAGUUCCAAAGCAUAUUGAGAAUGUAUCUCAUACUAAGGCAGCAAACAGGGGCACCGACUUGCCCCCCACAUUGAGGGGGCCCAGUGUCACGUGAUGUUGCUGAGAGAGAAGGGUGAACAUUGCCCUCCAUGCCUCCCCCCCCCCCCGGCGAGCCAGUGCUCACUGGCGGAGGCGGGGGAUGGCGGCCCCCUCAGUUUGGGGGGAGCUCAACCUCCUGCCUAGAAAUAUUGAGGGAACUGAAGCCCCUUCCGCCCCCUAUAGUUGGCGCUCCUGGAAGCAAAUUCUCCCGACUCCUUUCUCCAUUCAGAUGUCAGCUAGGAGUCUGAAGGGGCCAUUAGUGGCUGCUGCCCAAGUCCAUAACUCUCUUCCUCUGGAACCUCACCAAAGGUUGAGCUAAAGCAUCUCUUGGAAGAUUGCUACAUAGAUAUGACAUUUUAGUCAGUGAGAAUCUGGGGGCCACAGGUUUUAUUCUGGGCAUGAGCCAGUGGGGUGGCAUGGAAUCACACAUCGUCUUAGGAUGAUCCCUCUCUAAAUUGCAAAAAGAAUUCUGUGAGGCAAGAUUUUAUUUUUUUUGGAGGGGGGCACAUUUCUACCUCAUAAACAAAGCUUCUUAUUAGCUGAUUCUACUUUUCAUUUUGCUUCCACUCUAGAAAGCCUGAAUAUUGACUUGUGACUCUUUCUGCUUGUCUGAAUAUGGCUGAGAAAAGAAAAGAACUGAGGAUCGCCCUGGUCGGCAAAACUGGAGCUGGGAAAAGCGCAACCGGAAACACCAUCCUGGGGGAGAAACUGUUUAAGUCGGCCAUCUCUUCUUCCUCAGUGACAGCAGAGUGUCAGAGAGAGGAAACAAUCAUUGGUGGUAGGAAAGUUGUGGUGGUUGAUACGCCUGGCUUUUUUGACACAAAUGUUCCAGAAGAUGUGGCUUCCAAGGAAAUCAAGACCUGCGUGAAGUACAUCUACCCGGGAGCCCAUGCCAUCAUACAAGUCAUUCAACUGACUCGUUUCAGCCCAGAAGAGAAAGCUGUUGCUCAAUUAAUCCAGAAGAUCUUCAGCUGCAAAGCCAAGGACUACAUGAUCAUCUUGUUCACCCGCAAGGAAGACCUGGAAGGUAUGCCUUUGAAAGAGUUCUUAAAGGCGGGAGACCAGGAUCUGCAGAACCACAUCGCUCAGUGUGGCGGGAGAUGCCUGGCUUUCAACAACCGAGCGAAAGGGCAGGAAAGAGAGGAGCAGGUGGCCGAAUUGCUUGGGAUGAUUGACGACCUGGUCAAAACGAACAAGGCAGCCCCCUGCUACACGGAAGACAUGCUAGAGGAGGACAAAAAAGAGCUUAAGAAGAAUCCUGAUUUUAGAUUACUGUGUAACAUACUGUAAUAGAGUAUGCCAUGGCACAUGGGGUGCUUUAACCCUCUUCCCCCCACCUCCAUCUAUUGUCUUCUGCAAAUCUGUCUCUCUCAGAGCAGUUCUUAGUCUCAAAGGAAAAAAAACAGGUGAUAUAUCAUUCCCCUGAUAUAUUUCAAACACGUGGUUUGAAAGCGGUAGUAAGAUGCUGGAAUCCACCAAUUUAACCUUGGACCCAAAGUGGGGACUGCCUCCUCCGGCCUUCUGGAGGAGGGAGGGACCUUUCUGUCAACACCCCAAGCAAACCGCCCAGCCCAAGGGGCCAGCUUUACUGAGAGAGGCAAGGGUAGGCAUUGUACACUUCUUGAGGAAAGAUAUUUCUUCAUCUCAAAUCGCUUUACAUCAUUUGGUGUUUGCCCUCAGAAUAAUCUUGUUAGAGACACCAUUUACCCAUGAUUCCCAUUUUACAAAAUGGAGACUGAGGCAGGAGUGUUACUUGCCCCAGUCGCCUCCCCGAUUGAGUUUGUUUUAAUCCAUAAGAAGACCAGCUUUUGUUGAGAGGAGUGGACUGCCUGACUCUGGGUUCCCAUCUAAGUCUAUUACUUCCCCAUGCUCAGUUGUGCAAAUUUAUAAGAAAAUGGCAUUACAGUGGUACCUCGGGUUAAGUACUUAAUUCGUUCCGGAGAUCCGUUCUUAACCUGAAGCAUCACUUUAGCUAAUGGGGCCUCCUGCUGCCGCCGCGCUGCCAGAGCACAAUUUCUGUUCUCAUCCUGAAGCAAAGUUCUUAACCCGAGGUACUAUUUCUGGGUUAGCGGAGUCUGUAACCUGAAGCGUGUGUAACCUAAAGCGUAUGUAACCCGAGGUACCACUGUAUUGUCUUGUUUGCUGUGGGUUUGUAAUUUUUCUUGUUGUCCAUUGCUUUGACACGUCCUAAUAUAUAUAUAUUUUUUUGCAAAUAAAUACUUGCCAAUAAAUAAUCUUUAACUCUGCAAAUAAACAAUCAGUGA